GAUGAACAGAGAGAGAAGGAAAAGGCCAGAAUUCUGGAGGAGCGGCGAGCAGAAAGAAGAGCUAGAAUUAUGAACUCUGCCUCCCCAGGAUCUUCAUCUACACAGGCUCAGAUACCAAGCCAAGAGGACAGGGCAUCACGUGAAGAGACUCAAACACUUACCUCCCAGACAUGGGCCCCAUCUUUGCAGACUCAACCAUCAUCCCAAAUGGAACUAAAGUCACCUCAGCAAAAAUGGGCAUCAGCUUCACAGCCUUGGAUUCGACCAUCCCUUCCAGAAACUCGGCCACCUCCGACAGAGAUUCAGAUGUCUGUUCCACAGUCUUGGAUAGCUCCUUCACAAACCCGAAUAUCCCCAGCCAAUCAAACAUCCCAUCCUUCCCAUGGAGUAUCCAAUCUAAUUGAAGAAGAAAGAGAGCGAAUCAGGAAUGAAGAAAUAAGGAGAUUGAAAGAAGAACGGCAGAGAGCAGAAGAGGAACUACUGAGGAAGGAGAGAGAAGAAAGAUUACAGCUGCAGCGAGAAGAAGAAGCAAUUCAAAGAGAACGGCAACUUUUGCUGCAGCAACAGCAGCAGCAACAGCAGCUACAGAAACAACAACAGCAUCAGCAGCAGCAGCAGCUGUACCAACAGCAAAAACAUCCGCAAGUAUCAAAUGAGCCGAAUUAUCAAACAAAUACUUAUAAUAAUCAGACUAAGUCCAAUAAAGCAAUCUCUUCAGGCCAUGAUCAAAACACUUUUCAACCAAUAUUAUCACAGCAAGACCAGAGACAAGCAGCUGGAUACAAUGCACACCAAAGAAAUGAGAAUCAGAAACAUCCAGGUGUCCUCCAUCCACAGUCAACACACACUGGUGCUCAUCUUGACCAAACGCGCAAUGUCCGCCCUUCGUCUGUGAUUUCAGCUGUCAGUCAGGAACGAGCUCACAGUCAGAACUCAGAACCUCAUCCCCAGUCACAGAGUCAACAAGGGUCAUAUCAUCAGCGAUCUAAUUCAUCUGGACUGCCCACCAGAUCAUUUAAUGUCAGCAGUAUCCAAACAGCUUCAAGAAAUGACCCUGACUUAUCAAGGAACAAUGUGAACUCAUCAAGAACUGACCUUAGACUGUCCAGAGAAGAGAUGCUGGUGAUGAAUAGAACAGCCAAGCCGAUGUCAGCAAUACCCACAGAUGCCAGAGAUAGCAAUAACCAAGGGCAGUCAUCCGCUGGCCCCAUCACCAGAGAAGCUCCAACAAGAGAAGAAAUUCACUCUCUGAACUCAGUUCCUAAGGCCAAGCUUCGAAGGGACACUGACUGGCAGAGUACAGAGAGCCUGAAUUCACCCAAAACACCCAACUCGAUUUCUCCACUUCAGCCAGAGAACAAUUCUAACAAGUCAUCAUGGCAGCAAGGCCGGGAGGAAAAACCAGGAAGUAAAUUCUCUUUGUUCACCUCGGGAGAUCACUGGCUGGUACAGGAAGCUGAAAGAAGGCGAAUAGCUGAGUCUGAAUCUAAACUUCAACCCAGAAGAGCCUCAAACCAAAGACCUUCAUCUUCAGGUCCAAUAAAACCUGCUGGGGAUACAGCCAAUCGGUGGCGAGACCAGGGUGGGUUUGCUAAUGACCAGAAUCACGCCACUGAGAGAUUGAAACCCUUGUCAUCUAUGCCGGCAGUCAUCAGACAAACACUGCUGCAGAAAACAGCUGGAGUUCGCAGUUCUAACGACCCUGUUCAGACUUUCCCUCAGGCUCCUUCUCCUUCCCCAUCACUUUCAUAUCAUAACAGCUACCACAACCAGCCAUCUUCCCAAGCUCCUGAACAACCUCCUCAGCAGAAGAGGCAGCAGUGGCAGUAUAACCAGCAACCAGAAUCUCCCCACCACCCUCCGCAACAGGUAGCUCCUGGGGGCCCAGCACUGCCACCUCAAAGACAACAUGAAAUUAAAAUGAGUGGGUCCCAGUUGUGUUCCCACUGUGAGCAAGAGUUGGGUUAUGGUGCAGCCAUGGUGAUUGAAUCCCUGGGCCUCUUCUUCCACGUACAGUGCUUCAGAUGUUGGGUGUGCCAUGCCUCCCUCGGGACGGGCGACCAGGGAGCAGACGUCAGGGUCAGGGUCAACAAACUACACUGCCCCAACUGUUACAGCAACGAUGAAG